ACAGUGACGAUGCACACCCGUCCCUUCCCUUCAUUUAUUUCGCUUCACACGGCCGGCUCUCCGCUCCGCCAGACCCGGACCGGCACCACGCCACGGCUCCGGCCAUCACGCGCCGCGCACACCAUGACCACGGUUGCGCACCAUCACCACCUCGCCGCUGCCACCGUGCUCUUCUUCGUCGCAUUCACCAUGGCGCCUCUCGCCGCCGGGGACCCCGUGGGCCAGCUCUGCGGUACCAGCGGCAACUACACGCUCAACAGCACCUACCAGGGCAACAUCCGCCGCCUCGCCGCCACGCUGCCGAAGAACGCCUCCACCUCCGCGACGCUCUUCGCCACGGACACCUUCGGCGCCGUCCCGGACAUCGUCUACGCGCUCGCGCUCUGCCGCGGCGACACCAACGCCUCCGCCUGCAGCGGCUGCGUCGCCGCCGCGUUCCUGGACGCGCAGCAGCUGUGCGCCUACAACAAGGACGCCACCAUGUUCUACGACCCCUGCCUCCUCCGCUACUCCAACCAGAACUUCCUCGCCGACCCCAGCAGCGAUGGCCGCGGGACCGCGCUCAUCCUCAUGAACACGCAGAACGUCACCGCGCGGUUCAAGGUGUUCGACGCCGCCGUCGCCGCGCUCCUCAACGCCACCGCCGCCUACGCGGCCGCCAAUUCGUCCAAAAGGUUCGGCACCGGGGUCGAGGCGUUCCAGAACUUCGACAGCAACCGCCCGAGGAUCUACGGGCUGGCGCAGUGCACGCCGGACAUGACGCCGGCCGACUGCCAGAGCUGCCUCUCGGGUAUUAUCCAGACGGGGCCCAAGUAUUUCAGCGGGAAGCAGGGUGGCAGGAUUCUUAGUGUGCGGUGCAACUACAGGUAUGAGCAGUACCCGUUCUUUACAAGCACCCCACUGCUUCAGCUGGCGGAGCCUACCGUGGGGGCCCCGGCGCCCGCGCCCGCGGUGGUCAACGGAACUCCAACGCCACCGACGACCGGAGGAGCACGACGAGGAACAACAGGAAAUAAAACUGGUAGAGUUUUAGCCAUUACACUGCCUAUAGUUGCUGCAGUGCUAGCUACUGUAGUACUUUGUUCAUGCCUCUGGAGGAGGAAGAGGAAAACACAAGGGAAGUCGUCACUACCAGAUACAACUAACCCUGAGGACAUACAAAGUAUUGAUUCCCUCAUUAUUGAUGUGUCAACUCUACGAGCUGCAACAGAAAACUUUGCUGAAGCCAAUAAGCUCGGUGAAGGAGGUUUUGGUUCAGUAUAUAAGGGAAUCCUCCCCGAUGACCAGGAAAUAGCAGUGAAAAGGCUCUCGCAGACUUCUAGACAAGGGAUGGAGGAGCUGAAAAACGAGCUUGUGUUGGUUGCUAAACUGCAACACAAGAAUUUAGUGAGGCUUGUCGGGGUUUGCUUGGAGGACCAUGAAAAAUUGCUUGUCUAUGAAUACAUGCCCAACAAAAGCCUUGACACCAUUCUAUUUAAUCACGAGAGAUGUGGAGAGCUGGAUUGGGGGAAGAGGUUUAAGAUAGUUAACGGGAUCGCCCGUGGCUUGCAGUACCUUCAUGAAGAUUCUCAGGUGAAGAUAAUCCACAGGGAUCUUAAAGCGAGCAAUGUUCUGUUAGACAAUGACUUCAACCCUAAGAUCUCGGAUUUUGGCUUAGCAAGGCUAUUCGGAAGUGAGCAAUCACGAGAUGUCACCAACCGCGUCGUCGGAACCUAUGGAUACAUGGCCCCUGAGUACGCCAUGCGUGGGCACUACUCUGUCAAGUCCGACGUGUUCAGCUUCGGCGUUUUAAUCCUAGAAAUCGUCACCGGAAGGCGAAAUGGUGGCUCCUAUAGCUCUGAGGAAUCGGCCGAUCUCCUUAGUCUGGUGUGGGAGCACUGGACGACGGGGACAUUGGUGGAGAUCAUGGAUCCAUCCUUGAGCAGCCUUGCUCCACGAGACCUGAUGUUGAAGUGCAUCCACAUCGGCCUCCUCUGCGUUCAAGAUGACCAUGAGGACAGGCCGAUGAUGUCGACAGUGAAUGUCAUGCUUAGUAGCAGCACGGUGACCCUCCAAGCUCCAUCGAGGCCGGCGUUUUGCUUCCCGAAGAGUGGCUUCAACUCAGAGAUCAACUCAGAAGUGUACCCGCCAGGAGCUUAUCAGUCCGCGAGCAGGUCGCCCAUGUCGCUCAACGACGUCUCAAUCACUGAGCUCGAGCCCAGAUGAUCCAUGCAUGGCGGCGAUGAAUUGAUGAUUCUCUUCUUCGAAGGAGUUUCUGUUGAGUGUUUGUGUUUUACCGCCUGGGCCGAGCACGUAAGUGUGACCCGUAGUAUACAAUGCAAAACCAGUAGACUACCAAUAUGGCGAAAUAUAACGCCUAUUAGUCGUCCAAUUACUUAUGUAUCUGUAUGGCAUUGCCUUUCAAAUGUAGAGGAGAGU